AUGGAGAAGCUCCUGACGGACAAGGCACAGGAGGAGCAGAUGGCGAGGUGCUUUUUGCUAUACAUGCUCGGUGCGUCCCUGUUUCCCAACAGGCGCAACCGAGUACGCAUUUCGCUCUUGCCAGCCUUGAGGGACGUUGGGGAGAUUGCCCGUUUUGACUGGGGAGGUGCAGCACUGGGGACGUGCUAUGCCUUCAUGGGAUCUCUCUCCCGAUGGGCAGGAGUGAGCCUCGGUGGGUAUUGGAGAGUCUGGGAGCUUUGGACGUACGAGGUACUAGGCAUGUACCCUCCCGAGACCACGUGCCCGGAUGACACAAUACUCCCUCGAGCCUUACGCUGGUCAAAGGAGUAUAGAGGGGUGAAGAAGGGAAAGGGCAAUCUAAAUGCCUUCCGUCUCUUUCUGAACGAGUUGCGUCUUGACCAGGUCUACUGGCGGAUCUGGGAUCGCUUCGAGGUCCCUUACGUCGCGCGGAGCAGGGAGGUGAUGAGGGGGAGAGUGCUUCUCGAGUCCCCUUACGACUGGCAGUGGUACUUGGGUGACCUGGUAUCACGUCAGUCGCUGAGGCUGGAUGCUUUUCGAGUCCCUGGGCCACUCCUUCCUUUAGUGCAGAGGACGAGUCAGUACACUCGGGGAGAGUUUGAGUGGUUCACGAGACUAGACCCUAAGCUAGAGCCGUUCUUUCAGGCGGGCGCUGGUUGUACUGCUGACUACACUGAGUACAGGCUCGGUACCUAA